AACAGCAUUAUAAAAGUAGAUACAUUCUAUGCAUUUAAAAAUAUUUCAUAGUAUUCUGUGAAUGAUGAAACGUCUCAAACGGACAUUUUCUGAAAAACUUGGUCGUCUAGCUUCAUCGGGCGAGGACAAGGAUAAAACCAAGUCAAAGAAUGACAGUCCGGACUCUAUCGAGUUUGCGAGUGAUUUUGCUUCGUCAGCAUCAGAUUCUGUUCUUCAAGACAUUUGCGAGUGUCAACCAGUGCAAUGGGAUAAAAAUGAGAACAGCAUGAUUCUCAAUAAAGCUCUGCUUGAUGUAGAAGAAAAAAACCAAAGAAGCAACAGUUGGGGUCAACCCUCGAACAUAUGUGAAAAAUGUUCCAAGAUUGAGGUGAAUAUGUACCAUGCCAACAGUUUCCAUGGUAACAGAGGUGCAUUGUCAUUAUUAUCUGAAGAUCAAACUACAGACAAUUAUGUUCCGAAGCUGAGAUCGAAAUCUGAGAGCUUGCAUUUAAGAAAAGGUUCUGGUCGACGAUAUUCUACACCUGCAUAUACUGAUCCGAAUUCUCCGUUUGGAAAAAUUGACAGUUACGAAUUUUUAGAACUCCUUGGAGAAGGAUCGUAUGCAACUGUGUACAAAGGAAAAUUCAAAGAUUCUGAUCAAACUGUUGCGCUGAAAAAAGUAGCGUUAAAUUCUGAGGAAGGGACUCCUUUUACAGCGAUACGAGAAGUGUCGCUUUUGAAGACAUUAAAACAUGCGAAUAUUGUAACUUUAUUCGACAUAAUUCAUACAAAUUCGAAUCUAACCUUAGUAUUUGAGUUCAUGCACACUGACUUGAGUUUAUAUAUGGAGAAUAUGGGGUGUACAAAAGGAAUAAACCCUCGCAACGCUUGUCUUUUUACGUUCCAAUUAUUGCGUGGUUUACAUUUUUGCCAUAAGCGGAAAAUUUUACACCGAGAUUUAAAACCUCAAAAUUUGUUAAUAAGUGAGAUUGGGGAAUUGAAAUUGGCUGAUUUUGGACUCGCUAGAGCAAAAUCAAUUCCCACCAAUACUUAUUCUAAUGAGGUGGUUACACUGUGGUACAGACCUCCCGACGUACUUUUGGGAUCUACUGACUAUACAACUUCUCUUGACAUGUGGGGAGUUGGAUGCAUUUUCCUUGAAAUGUUGACGGGUACACCAGUCUGUCCUGGACAAACUGAUGCCUGUGAUCAGCUUGGAAAGAUAUUUGACCUUCUUGGAACUCCGAAUCCGUCCACCUGGUCUCGUUUAACAGACCUACCACAUUAUCAUGACUACUAUUAUUCUUGUUUUCUGAUCCCAAGACAUGAAAUUCAACUUUGUGUUUUAGUGUCUGUAUUAUCAGUGAUUGAAUUUGGAGAAGAAUUUGCUAGCAGUUUAUUAAAAUUCGAACCGACACAAAGAUUGAGUGCAAUGGAAGCUAUGAAGCAUCCAAUGUUUAGUCGUUUGCCACACGAGAUUCAUGGACUUGCCGAUAACGAAUCAAUAUUUUCUAUUAAAACCAUUAAACUUAUACCAGAAGACAACAGUAGUUCUUCUCCAGAAGGUCUUCAUGUUGACAUGGGGUAACAAUAAAGCUUUUUAUUGUUCAAGUACUCUACUAUGCCUCUAUUGUGUCUUUUAAUUAUGCAUGAAAAUCUGUAAUGUUGAAUGUAAGAUCAGUAUUAUAUUACAGUGGGUGAUGCAGCUAGAAUAACACUGAAUUUCACGUUCAUUUUUCAAUGUUUUCAUUUGUUUUUUGACUUGGAUUGAAAUUUUUGACAGUGAACACUGAGUGGGCUUAUGCAGCAUAAUAAUGGUAAUAUAUUAUAAUUCAGUCUACAAUAUUGCAGUAUAUUUUUAUGUUCCAACAAACUAUAGUUGAAACCUUUUUGAUUCUAUACUGAACUUUUCUUGAACUCUUUUUCCAUGUGUUGUGCUGCUAUCCAUAUGGAAGCGUGUAUAAGGUGAAAAAAUAAGUGUACAAUGAACAAAAUUCAUGAUUCUUUUUCUGAUUACUAAUGUUAUGAUAGCGUAUCAUCUAAUUGGCUACAAAAAGGGGGGAUGGGGUUUAUUUGAACUUGGGGGUUUUCUUUUACUUGCCCCGACUAGACUAAUUCAAACAAAUUGAUUUAUUACUGAUUAAUCUAUUAUAAAGAAAUGAAUAAAUAAAUAGCUUCUUGAAAAGAAUUUACCCAUAUUAUAUAUUGAGCAUUUCAAAUUUGUUUAAAAUUUUGUCUCCCUUUCCUCUCAUACAAUGUUAUUUAUCAGUGCAAUUUUGCAAAUAGGUAUGAGAAGCAAUGGAAAAAUAUACCUUUGUUGUUGACUAUAUGGGUAAUUGUUUGGUAGCAAUCAAUGGAAUCGUUUUCUCUUGUAUUUGAGGCGUUUUUGUUCCACUUCACCAUUCAUUUAAUAAUAUACAGGGUGUCCAUAAAGUCCCUUUACAAUUUCAAUUUCGUUAUGAAGUCAGUUCUCAAUAUAUCUUAACCAGGUUUGUUGUUUUUAAUCAGUAAUUGUUCAAGAAUUUUUACUUCAUUCAAUACAUCUGUGAGGGCCAAAACAAUAUAUAGUAUCGAUAAAUUUCCUUUGCAAUUUUAAAAAAUAUCAAGACUUUAUGGACACCCUUUACUUCAGCAGUAUAUUGUGACUCUCAUAACAAUAUUAUCUGGAAGAUAUCGUGAGUAGUUAGCAACACUUGACAGUAACAGCUGUUACAUUCAUUCAAUCUCCACUUACUGUAUAAUUUGACAAUUGGAAUCUCUUAAUAAACUUCAGUCACUUAAUUUCUAUAUAAAUUAAAAGUCCUAGUGAACUGGAUGGAAUUAUUCAUCAUUAAACUUAGUUGAACUAUUUUUUGAAAUCAAAAAUGAAUUACGAAUAAAGCUUAUCACUUGUGAAUAGCGGUUAUAUACCCUUUGUGUAGAAUAUAAUAAUAUGUGACCUAUGAUAUAAUUAUGGUUGAGUACUUACUAUUCUAAAACUGUAUGUGACUCAUAUAGUGGGAAAUAAAUAUAGAUUCAGCUAUAGUAAAUAAAAGUUAUAAAAAAAGUUAUUUGGUAUAAUUUUUGUGAAUUGUAUUUGGCCAUUUCUGCUAAAUCUUACUGUCUAAAAUGCUUAAGAGUAGAAACAUAUGCAAAUGUGAAUUUUACAUUUUAGCUUUCUAUUCAGUUAGUGUAAAUCGAGUUAGUUUUCACACAAUUUAGGAGGUUGCUGUAUUUUGCAAUUUCACUUUAAAAUAAGUCUAUAAAGUUAGAAAAUUAAUGUAGUAAAAUUCAUUAAAUUUUGGCUUUUUGGGCCAUGAUUGCAAUUCAAAAUCGGAACAUUUAAAAAAUAGAAAUUUUUAUUAUUCUAAUUCGCAUUAAUUUGACUAACCGGUAAAUUGAAUUUAUUAUGGAUGUUAUUAUUGAGCCGUCAUCAUAUUUCCAACACUUAUUGCACAGGGUUUCCAUAAAGUCCAUUUAUAAUUUCAGUUUUGUUUGUUAUGAGGUCAGUUCUCAAUAUAUCUCAACCAGGUAUGUUUACCAGGUUU